AUGUCAUCCAACAUUUUAUCGCUUCUUGAGAUUCGAAAUACACUCACAGCAACAAUAGGCAUUAGUUUCAUGGUCAUUGGCACAAUAGGUGGUUUACUCAACAUUCUACUGUUCGCACGACGACGUAUGUGGAACCUGUCACCAUGCAUCCCUUAUAUGUUUGCCACCACUGUUGCCAACAUGUUCAAUCUCUAUACGUCCGUACUAAUUCGUGUACUCUAUGGAUUUAAGUUUACGUUUAUGCUUUACUUUUCGGCUCCUUGUAAACUUCAAUAUUACUCGGCCUACACGUUGGUUUGUAUAUCCAGUUGGUUAAUGGCCGCUUGUUGCGCCGAUCGAUUCAUUGCAUCAUCGCGUGACGCAGAUAUCCGAUGCUAUAGUAGCAUGCGUAUUGCGUAUCGAGUCAUUUUCUCUAUAAUUGUCAUAGUUAUUGUUGCCGCCAGUGAAGUAUUUUUCUGCAUUGAUGCAAAUCAAAUCAACGCGCCUGGACCAUGUUAUACAACAAGUCCUACAUGCGUCAUCAUUGACCAAUUCUAUGUCUUCAUCUUUCAAAUUAUAGGGCCACCUAUGUGUAUGAUCGUCUUUGGUAUUGGCACAUACAUUCAUAUUCGUCAAGGACAAAAAGUUCGAUCCACAGAUGCACACACGAAGACCGUAGAAGCUACUCAUGUAGCAGGUGCCAUUGGUGAUGAACAUACUCGUGGAAAGAAUCGAGCUGUGUUGCGUAUGCUCUUUGCACAGAUUCUUGUUUAUAUUGCGUGCACUUGCCCUUAUUCUACAUUCAGACUCUAUGCAGUAAUGACAGCAACGGUUAUCAAGAGUAAUGAGCGUCUCGUAAUCGAAAAUAUUAUCCUCAACAUAGCUAUCUUAAUUCAAUUUAUUGACAAGACAUUUGCAUUUUUCAUUUAUACAUUAACCAGCGCUUAUUUUCGUCAAGAGCUUAUAAAACUUUUCAAACGUCGUAAUAUUUAA